GCUCGGGUUUCCGGGCGGGCGGACGCUGGUGGCGGUGGCCCCGCCCCGCCCCCUUGCCCGCUCUCUUCCGCGCGCCGCAGGAUGCGGUUGUCCCGCCAGGCCCUGCGCUGGUGCAGUCUGGCCCCCAGUGCCUGGCAUCGCUUCCUACAGGCGGUUCAGCAGUGUGCCCCACUGCCAGCUGCAAUCACUGCCUUCUCAUGCCCCUUGCUGCAUCACGGGGGGCGGCACCUCUCUGCUGAGUGGCCUGCUGGAAGUGCAUCCUUCACUGACUCCAGUCAGGACACCCAUGUGCCAGAGCCAACGCCAGCUCUCCUGGAGGCUGUCUGGCUUUCCCUAGCCCCAGAACACACGCGGGACAAGACGGGGAACUUGGUACUGGGGAACCUGGUGCAGUCGCUCCUGGACAUGGGCUUCAGCCACACGCAGGUUGUGCAGCUGUUUAACCUGCAGCCCAGGCUGGCUCCUCAGCAGAGGCUGGCUGUGGCUUCUGAACUCAUGCUCCUGGGCUUGUAUCCCAACUCAGUGCUGCAUGUCCUGCAGAGAAGUCCCAAUGUGCUGAGGAUGUCUGUGAAGCAGCUGAAGGACCGCGGGGAGCAUUUGAGGCAGCUCGGCCUCAGUGAAGGACACCUGAAGCAUGUGGUAAGCCGCUGCCCCCCGAUCUUCACCCUGCCUGGAAAGAAAAUUGACGCCACCGUGAGGCUCUUCAAGGAAAAGUGCCUCUUCACGACAGAUCAGGUGAUGGAGAUCCUGCGCAGCUGCCCCAAUGUCCUGCUUAAGGAGCCCAGUGACCUGGAGUACAAGUUCCAGUAUGCCUUCUUCAGGAUGGGGGUAAAGCACAAGGAUGUGGUCAAGUCUGGUUUCUUCCGAGCACCCUUUACAGUGAUCAGGAGCCGGCACGUGUUCCUGGAGCGCCGAGGCCUUUACCAAACCCCUGACAAAAAAGGCCAGACCCAGGUUAUCAAUGCCAAGCUGAAGGAGAUCAUCUGGCUCUCAGACAAGGACUUCUUGGCCCAGCUGGCCUGUGCCAGCCUGGAGGAGUAUGAUGUCUUUAAGAAACUGUUGGCACGAGAAGAAGAGGAGGAGGAGGAGGAGAAGAGGACAGACUCUGAGGAUGAAGACGAGGAUUCUGAGGGUGAAGGGGAGCUCCCUGACCAUGAGUAAGGCAGUGGAACUUGGAAGCCAGUGGCUUGGCUCCAGCCAUGUCCAGACUGGAUGCUGGUGCAGCUGGGCGCUGGGUUCCUAUGGGCUGGCC